ACUCCWCCACCCACAUAUUUUUUCUCAUAAGAUAAAAAGAGCACGACGGUCGGGACGGAGCUGCCGCAGAAGGAAUAUUGGAAAUAUAUAUAAAAAAACAUUGUUUUGUCAAAAAAUACUGCCUUGCAGUUGCUGACUUUAUUUGUUUAAUUAUUCAUCAGGACGUGGAAAUAUUGUUUUUUUUUUCUGUAUCUGGUUUGUGGAAAAGACCGGAGGCUCACAAUGGAAAAAAAGGACAGAACAAUGAAACGGAAAGUACUGUUGUUCAUCAUCUCUCUCAUUUUCCUCGACACGACGCUCGCGCAGGCUAGCUACUCUAUUCCGGAGGAAAUGCCAAAAGGUUCUUUGGUGGGAAAUAUUGCCCAAGAUUUGGGAAUAGAAAUUAAACGCUUGAUAUCCGGUAAAGCUCGGAUAUUUAGUCGGAACAGGGAGGAGCACGUCGAGCUGAGCGCAAACAGAGGCGUCCUCCUUGUGAAAGAAAGGAUCGACAGAGAGGCGCUCUGCACGGAGACCGAGCUUUGUGCUUUAGAUUUUCAGAUUAUUCUGGAGAAUCCCAUGGAAUUUUACACUGUCACGGUGCAGAUUACAGAUAUCAAUGACAACGCACCGACGUUCGAAAAACAUGAGAUGCGAUUUAAAAUUAGUGAGUCAGCAGUAACAGGAGCGGCAUUUGUGUUAAAAAGGGCCGUAGAUAAUGACGUAGGAAUUAAUGAUCUGCAGGACUACUUAUUAAAACCAUCUGAUCAUUUUAUUCUGAAGCUCCACAGAAACGCUGAUGGCAAUAAAAACGUGGAGAUGGUGCUGCAGAAACCUUUAGACAGAGAACAACAGGAGCAGAUAAAUCUGGUGUUAACAGCUGUAGAUGGAGGAGAGCCGCAGAUGUCAGGAACCAUGCAGAUUGUUAUUACAGUUUUAGAUGUUAAUGAUAAUGCUCCUGUUUUUACACAGAAAACAUACAAAGCUACAGUUACUGAAAACUCCCUUAAAGGUACAGUUGUUGCUACAGUUUCAGCUUCAGAUGCAGAUGAAGGGUCGAACAGUAAAAUCAAAUACUCGAUAACAAACACGUUAGACAAGGUCAAUACAGUAUUUCAAAUAAAUGAGGAAAAUGGUGAAAUUGCACUAAUUGGUGAAAUUGACUUUGAAAGAUCAAGGCAUUUUCAAAUUGAAUUACUUGCAAGUGAUAACGGUGGAUUGACACACUCAUCAAAAUUAAUUGUAGAUGUACAGGAUGUAAAUGACAACAAGCCUGAAAUUAGAAUAAUGUCAAAGUCAAAUGUGAUAUCAGAGGACGUAAAACCUGAAACUGUAGUAACAAUGAUAAACACAGAAGAUCAGGACUCAGGAGAAAAUGGAAAAGUCCAGUGUUUUCUUAACGAGAAUAUUCCCUUUAUUUUAAAAUCAUCAUCAUCUAAUUUCUACAGUUUAGUGACAGACAGUGAGUUGGACAGAGAGAGAGCCUCUGACAAAACAGUCAAUUCCAACUGA